AAAUGACUGCUUUUGUACCUUUUUUCUGAGCGUGGAUGUAAUACAACACCUGGCUGAAGGUCCUACACAUGUUCAUCUUCAAGAUAAAACACACACCGACACACACAUUUAAAAAAAAACACAUAAUAAAGGUUUCAUUGAUCUAUGCUUCAUUGCAGAAGGUUGUAAUAAAAUAUGUUAAUAUUCUUUCUCUUUUUUUGUGACAGCAAUGACUUCCUCAUUCCCUCCUAAUUCCACCCUCAGCCCAUCAUCCACCUCAGAGCUCCACUGCCCUCUUCUGCAAACAAUGAGCAAUCACACCUUAAACAAAGACACUGGUGUGAACUUGGCAGUGGUGAGCAUCCACGGUGUGGUAUCCACUCUGGGGAUCCUGGAAAACGGACUGGUGCUGUGGGUGCUUGGUUUCCGUCUUCGUCGCAAGACGGUUGCUGCAGUAUGGGUCCUCAAUCUGGCAUUGUCGGACUUCCUAACCACACUAACCUUGCCGCUUUUCACUCAUUACCUAUUGAUGAACCACAGCUGGGAGUUGGGCAGCGCUUUGUGUGCAGCCAAGGCCUCCAUUUUUUUCCUCAACAUGUUUGUCUCUGCCUUCCUACUGGCUGUGAUAUCAUUGGACCGUUGUUUGUUGGUGACUAAGCCGGUUUGGACUCAGAACAAUCGUACAGUGUCGGCAGCGUGGAAGAUCUGUGGUCUAGGAUGGGCUUGGGCGGCGGUUAAUGCACUUCCGUAUUUCAUGUUCCGUUCCGUUGUGGAAAAGAAGGAUGGCCGCAAACUCUGCUAUCACAAUUUUGCACUCUAUUCCUCCUCAAACACACUGCACAGAGACUGUAAGGUGCGUCAGGCAGCGACGGCAGUGUCCAAACUCUUGCUGGCAUUUGUCGUACCUCUGAUUGUCAUCGCCAUCAGUUACACUUCCAUUUUUCUUGAACUGCGAGCUCGCAGAAAGAGGCUUGAGAGUCGACGACAGGGUGUGAGCAAUGGCAAAGUGAGAUCCUUGAAAUUCUUCCGCAGCCUAUCUUCAUCAGGCAGACAAACCAGCGUUCGACUCUCUGAGAGUUUCAUGAAGAUGGUCGCCUCAGUGAUUGCAACCUUUAUUCUCUGCUGGGUGCCCUACCACGUCUUCUGCUUGCUGGAGGUGACGGCUCAGUACAAGACAGAAAUUGUGGAGCUUGUGGAGGUGUACCUGCCUGUCUUGACAACCUUCUCCUUCCUAAGCUCUGUAUUGAACCCAAUUAUCUACACUUUUAGCUGUCCAAACUUCUGCACUCGUAUCCGCCAAAGUUUUGGGGCUCUUUUCGAAGGGCUGGUGGAGGAAGCUGGACCCAUAAUAUGGGUUACAGAAAGGAUGAGGAAGAAAGAUUCAUUAUUCCCCUCUUCACCCAGCUCUCCCACCCCCACCAGAGCCACUCACAUUCAGCAUGGCAUGCAGGACUCCAUCAACCUCACUGGCUUUAAAAACUGCCCGGCAAAUGAGGGAGAGAGGGAUGACAAAAUGUGACUUUAUCAUAUCCUGGAAUUGAUGACUAAUGUUUCUGAGUGAACUACAGUCUACAAACCAGAUGUCACAAUCAUGGGAUGGCCUUAUAAGCUUUUAUCUUUUCUGCAUCUCUUUGCUUCACUGGCUUUAGUCAUGCUGGAUUACCACUGGUAAACACAAAUUAACUCAAAACCAAAGCCCCUCAAACACACAUGACCCAUAUUUCUGUUUCUGUUCUCUCGCAUUGUUUAGAUUACUGACUACAUACAUAUAUAACUCAGCAACAGGGGCUUUAUUGAAAAGAUUUUUUUUUUCAUGCUUGUUCAAUGAACCAUAGUAAUUUUUGCUCAUGCAACUGUGGAGUAGUCCUUAACAGUCAAUCACAGACACAGUUACUUAGGAUAAUAAAGAGACCUUUCUACUGACUUUCAAAAUCCUGAUAUAAGAUGCCCAUGGUCCCUGAUGAUCACCUGUGUGAACAUGCCAUCAUCCUUGCAGGGUCAAAGUAUCAAAAUGUAACCAGGUUUCCCCCCAGAACUUGCAAGUUUCUGGGUGAAAGAGUGGGGUAACAUCUCACACUGAGGUGCUUAAAGCAGCUGGUGACCACACAAGAUACUCACUGCUACUUUUGUUCGGGGACUAAUUUUUCCAUUUCUUUUCAUCAAAUGCCUGCAAAGUAUGUUGGGUUUGUGUUUUAUCUUAAUACGAAUAUUUGCACACUAAAAAAUUAGCUGGAAAGCAUUUAAAUGCAAUAUGUUUGCUGACUUAAUACUAAUAUUACUGCUCAUUUUAACCCAGGCCACACAUAUGCAGAUAACAUUAAAUUGCUAUUACAAAUUAAAUUAUCAGUAUAACAACUUAAGUAUAUAUAUAUGUGUGUGUGUGUGUGUGUGUGUGCGUGUGUUUACUUUUUUUUUUUUAACUACAUGAAUUUCAGAAUUUCUUGUGUUUGGUCUGUCAUGUUUUGUGGAACACACAAUGAAAUGUUUCGAAGAAUGCUACUGCAGUUCUUUUCCAUACUGUAAAACUGAAUGUUGGCCAGAGGCUGACAAACUGUCAGAAGUAAACAAAAAAACAUGAUAAAAAUGAGUACAUAAGAUUUUAAUGCAACAUUUUGUCCUUUGAUUGCGAAGGAACAGGCCGUCAUUUACAGUGAUUCUGUCAUUAAUUACUCACCUUCAUGUUGUUCCACACUCGUAAGACCUUUGUUCAUCUUCAGAACAUCGAUUAAAAUAUUUGUGAUGAAAUCGGAGAGCUUUCAGACCCUACAUAGACAACAAUGCAACUGACACUGUUUAUGGCCCAGAAAGGUAGUAAUGAUGAGAUUGGUAAAAUAGUCCAUGUGACA